AUGGUGAACAACAAACAAAGUCAAACUUUCAAAUCCCAAGAAGUGACAAUCAUUCCACCUUUUAAAAACACACUGAAAGUAAAGGCUGGCAACCCCUUUCACAAUGGCCAUGUGUGCAGCACCUGGGGUAACUUCCACUUCAAAACCUUUGAUGGGGACAUCUUUUACUUCCCUGGAGCUUGCAAUUACAUCUUUGCAUCCAACUGCAAGUCUUCCUAUGAGGACUUCAACAUCCAGAUUAGGCGUACAAUGGAGGAAAAUGCUACCAUGAUCACUCACGUCAUCAUGAAGCUGGAAGGAACAGUGAUUGAACUGACCCGUGGCUCCGUCAAGCUAGACAACAAAUUGGUUCAGAUGCCUUACAGCCAUAUGGGAGUCUUGAUAGAGAGAAGUAACAACUAUUUGAAAGUUUCUGCUAAGUUAGGACUGACCUUCCUUUGGAAUGAACAGGAUGCCCUCCUGGUGGAACUAGAUAAGAAAUAUGCCAAUCAGACUUGUGGACUUUGUGGGGACUUCAAUGGAAUUCCAGUUAAUGAUGAAUUUAUUUCAGGGAAGACCAAACUAACUCCCAUACAGUUUGGCAAUAGGCAGAAGAUGGAUGGACCCACAGAGCAGUGUGAGGAUCCUAUUCCUUCUACUGUUCAGAUGAACUGCUCAGCAGAAUUUGCUUCUAUCUGUGAGACAGUAUUAACCAGUAAAGCAUUUACGAGUUGCAACCUGCUUGUCAAUGUUCAGGACUACAUCGAAACUUGCAUACAGGAUCUAUGCCACUGUGAUAGUUCUAUGGCUGACUUCUGCAUGUGUAACACUUUUGCCGAAUACUCCCGUCAGUGUGCUCAUGCAGGAGGACAGCCUCUGAACUGGAGAACCUCAGAACUGUGCCCCAAAUCAUGUCCAUUCAACAUGCAAUACCACGAGUGUGGCUCUCCCUGCUCUGACACGUGCAGCAACCCGGAACGAUCUGCACUUUGUGAAGACCAUUGUACUGAUGGCUGCGUCUGUCCUCCAGGAAUGGUAUUUGACGACGUUAAUGGUGCUGGCUGCAUUCCCCGAAGAGAAUGCCACUGUACCUAUGAAGGGGAAACUUAUGCUCCUGGUGCCUCCUUCUCAUCCAAAUGCAGAUCAUGUACCUGUGUUGGAGGUGAAUGGUCUUGUGUCACUCAGUCGUGCCCUGGGACUUGCAGUAUUGAAGGAGGCUCCCACAUUUCAACAUUUGAUGAGAAAUACUACUCUUUCUUUGGAGACUGUAGCUAUGUCCUAACCAAGCUCUGUGACAGCAAUGAAUUUACAGUUCUGGGAGACAUCCACAAGUGUGGCCUGACUGACACUGAGACGUGCCUCAAGGGUAUAGCCAUCAGCCUGAGUGGAGGACAAACUAACAUUGUGAUUCAACCUUCUGGAAGUGUAUUUGUGAAUAUGAUCUACACACAGCUGCCAUUCUCAGCAGCAAAUGUCACCAUCUUCAGACCUUCAUCUUUCUUCAUCAUUCUGCAAACAACCUUUGGUCUUCAGCUACAGGUUCAACUUGUGCCUUUCAUGCAACUUUUUAUAGACUUAGACCCAUCACAUAAGGGGCAGACCUGUGGUCUCUGUGGAAACUUCAAUGACAUGCAGACAGAUGAUUUCAAAACCACCAGUGGUGUAAUAGAGGGUACUUCAGCCGCCUUUGGAAAUACUUGGAAAACUCGGGCUGAUUGUCCUGAUGCCAAAAAUACCUUUGAGAACCCCUGUACUGUCAGCAUACAAAAUGACCAGUAUGCUCAGCACUGGUGUGGACUCCUCUCUGAUCCUAUGGGACCUUUUGCUGAAUGUCACUCAACAGUGAAUCCAGAAGUUUACCAGAAGAACUGCAUGUUUGACACAUGUAACUGUGAGAAGAGUGAGGACUGCAUGUGUGCUGCCCUUUCCAGCUAUGUCAGAGCCUGUGCUGCUAAAGGAGUUCUGCUCCCUGGAUGGAGAAGCAAAGCCUGCACAAAAUACACCACCUUGUGUCCGAAAUCUUUGAAGUACACUUACAAUGUCGAUGCCUGUCAACCCACCUGCCGGUCUCUGAGUGAGCCUGAUGUCACAUGCAGCAUCAAGUUUGUCCCAGUUGACGGCUGCACCUGCAUAAAUGGAACAUACAUGGAUGAAACUGGCAAAUGCGUGCCUGCUUCUAGCUGUCCUUGUUACUACAAAGGAAUGCCUCUGUCUUCUGGAGAAGUUAUUCAUGAUAAUGGUGUUGUCUGCACUUGCACCUAUGGAAAGCUGAGCUGCAUUGGAGAGAAACCUGAACCAGUCUGUGUAUCUCCCAUGGUUUACAUUGACUGUGGUAAUGCCACUGCAGAUGUGGUAGGAGCAGGAUGCCAGAAGAGCUGCCAGACUCUAGAUAUGGAAUGUUACAGAACUCACUGUGUCUCUGGCUGUGUAUGUCCUCAUGAUCAAGUGUCAGAUGGCAAAGGAGGCUGUAUAGCUCCAGAAGACUGUCCAUGUGUUCACAAUGGGAAUUUCUACAGUCCAGGAGAAUCAAUCAGAGUUGGCUGUAACAACUGCACAUGUAGAAACAGAAAAUGGCAUUGCUCUGAGGAACCCUGCCUGGAAACGUGUUCUGUUUAUGGAGAUGGGCAUUAUACCACCUUUGAUGGCAAACGCUUUGAUUUCGAAGGAGACUGUGAAUAUGUUCUGGUCCAGAACUAUUGUGGUCAACAAGCUAUGAAUCAGGGAACCUUCAGAGUCAUCACUGAGAACAUUCCAUGUGGCACUACAGGAACCACUUGCUCUAAGUCUAUUAAAGUUUUCUUGGGGAACUAUGAGCUGGUACUCAGUGAUGGACACUCUGAUGUCAUCCAGAGGACACCUGGAGGAAAAAUGCCAUUCCAAAUACGUUCCAUGGGUAUCUACCUGGUAGUUGACACUACUGCUGGUCUGAUACUCAUGUGGGACAAGAAGACCAGUAUAUUCAUCAAACUUAGUCCCAGCUUUCAGGGACAUGUUUGUGGACUUUGUGGAAACUAUGAUGGCAAUGGAAAUAAUGACUUCACUACUCGCAGUCAGUCUGUGGUAGGAAAUGUGCUGGAGUUUGCCAAUAGCUGGAAGGUGUCUUCUAGUUGCCCAAAUGCCAAUCGUACGAAGGAUCCAUGCACUGCAAACCCAUACAGGAAAGCCUGGGCACAGAAGCAAUGCAGCAUUAUUACCAGUGAAGUGUUUGCAAAGUGUCACUCCCAGGUUGAACCAAAUGAAUAUUAUCAAGCAUGUGUGGAUGAUGCUUGUGCCUGCGACACUGGAGGAGACUGUGAAUGUUUCUGUACAGCAGUAGCUGCCUAUGCUCAAGCAUGCAAUGAGCUGGACAUCUGCAUUUCAUGGAGAACCCCAUCCAUAUGUCCUCUGUUCUGUGAUUACUACAAUCCACAAGGGGAGUGUGAAUGGCACUACAAACCAUGUGGAGCCCCUUGUAUGAAGACAUGCAAUAAUCCGAGUGGGAACUGCCUUCAUGAGAUGAGAGGUUUAGAAGGCUGCUAUCCACACUGUCCAAAAAAUAAGCCUUAUUUUGAUGAAGAAACCAUGACCUGUGUUUCUAAUUGUGGUUGUUAUGAAAAUGGGAAAAAUUACAAACCAGGAAUGGAGAUGCCUCCAAAGCAGAAUUGUGAAUCAUGUGAAUGCACAAUUCAUGGCAAAGAAUGCAGAUAUAAUGAACAUGAAUGUGUCUGCUUCUAUGAGGGACAGAAGUAUAACUACAAAGAUGUGGUUUACAACACUACAGAUGGAACAGGAGGGUGUAUUGUUGCAAUCUGUGGUCCCAAUGGAACACUUGAAAGGAUUAUCUAUGAAUGUCCAAUCACAACAUCACCCACAACAGCAACAACAUUUCAUUUCAGCACUACACCACCUGCCAGUACUUCUACAGUGUCACCAACUACAUCAGUAUGUGUUCAUGAGGUCUGUGAGUGGUCAGAAUGGUAUGAUGGCAGUCUGCAAACCCCUGGCUAUGAUGGUGGAGAUUUUGAGACCUUCAAUAACUUAAGAGCUAAAGGCUAUGAAGUCUGUGAAGCUCCACGGGAUGUUCAAUGCAGAGCAGAAAAAUUCCCUGAUAUACCACUGAAAGACCUUGGCCAAAAAGUAGAAUGCAGUACAACAGCUGGGCUUAUAUGUUACAACAAAGACCAAAUUUCAACAAUGUGCAACAAUUAUGAGAUCAGAGUCCUAUGCUGUGUUUUUGUACCAUGCUCUACUUCAACAUAUCCAAUUUCUACAACUUCUGAAAGUACAACAUCUAUACAUUCAACAUCGGAAGAAACAACAACAAAAACCAUAAUGACACCACCUGCCACCACCUUUCCUUCAACACCUCCUCUUUGCUUUAAAGAAGAAUGUUAUUGGUCCAGAUGGUAUGAUGUCAGUUAUCCAGGGUCUGGUUAUGAUGAUGGUGACUUUGACACCAUUCAGAACAUAAAAAAAAAGGGAUACAAAGUCUGUGAAAACAGAAGGGAAGUGGAAUGCAGAGCAGUGAGGUUCCCUGACACACCAUAUCCUCUCCUGGAGCAAAAGAUCUUGUGCAAUACAGAAGAAGGCUUAAAAUGUUACAAUAAAGACCAAUUGCCACCCAUUUGCUACAAUUAUGAACUAAGAUUUAAAUGCUGUGAAAAUAUAACAGUACCAUGCACAACAACAACUAAAGGUAUUACUACUACAAAAACAAUAACACCAACUACAUUUUGGUCACCACAGUUCAGUACAACAACCGAAGAAACAUCAACAACACCGCACUUAAUAACAAAACACAAGACUACAAUGCAAGAGACAACUCCACCACAAACAGAUUAUAUUCAUACAAGAACUACAACAAAACCAACAACACAAACACAAAAAGCAACAACUACUAGAGGUCCCACAACAACCAACAUGAUGACAACUACAACAACCCCCUGUGAACCCGAAGUGUGCACCUGGAGCGAAUGGUUCGACGUCGACUUCCCCUCCGCCGGGCCCAACCAGGGAGACUUUGAAACCUACCAGCACAUCCAGGCCGCCGGGAAGCGCAUCUGCCGGCGUCCAAAGGAGAUUGAGUGCCGGGCGGAGGACUACCCCGACCUUGCCAUCCAACAGGUCGGGCAGGUCGUGCAGUGCGACGUCCACUAUGGACUGGUGUGCAAGAACGAGGACCAGACUGGAAAAUUCAAGAUGCCCACCUCCGCAGAAAUCAUCCUCUCCACCACCACCAGCUCCACGCCGACGACUCACCCAUCCACUGUCACCCUCAGCUCCACCACGGCCACCACCCCCUGUGAACCCGAAGUGUGCACCUGGAGCGAAUGGUUCGACGUCGACUUCCCCUCCGCCGGGCCCAACCAGGGAGACUUUGAAACCUACCAGCACAUCCAGGCCGCUGGAAGCGCAUCUGCCGGCGUCCAAAGGAGAUCGAGUGCCGGGCGGAGGACUACCCCGACCUUGCCAUCCAACAGGUCGGGCAGGUCGUGCAGUGCGACGCCCACUAUGGACUGGUGUGCAAGAACGAGGACCAGACUGGAAAAUUCAAGAUGUGCCUCAACUACAGGAUACGCGUCCUCUGCUGCACCCCCAACUACAACUGCGCCCACCUCCGCAGAAAUCAUCCUCUCCACCACCACCAGCUCCACGCCGACGACUCACCCAUCCACUGCCACCCUCAGCUCCACCACGGCCACCACCCCCUGUGAACCCGAAGUGUGCACCUGGAGCGAAUGGUUCGACGUCGACUUCCCUCCGCCGGGCCCAACCAGGGAGACUUUGAAACCUACCAGCACAUCCAGGCCGCCGGGAAGCGCAUCUGCCGGCAUCCAAAGGAGAUCGAGUGCCGGGCGGAGGACUACCCCGACCUUGCCAUCCAACAGGUCGGGCAGGUCGUGCAGUGCGACGUCCACUAUGGACUGGUGUGCAAGAACGAGGACCAGACUGGAAAAUUCAAGAUGUGCCUCAACUACAGGAUACGCGUCCUCUGCUGCACCCCCAACUACAACUGCGCCCACCUCCGCAGAAAUCAUCCUCUCCACCACCACCAGCUCCACGCCGACGACUCACCCAUCCACUGUCACCCUCAGCUCCACCACGGCCACCACCCCCUGUGAACCCGAAGUGUGCACCUGGAGCGAAUGGUUCGACGUCGACUUCCCCUCCGCCGGGCCCAACCAGGGAGACUUUGAAACCUACCAGCACAUCCAGGCCGCUGGGAAGCGCAUCUGCCGGCGUCCAAAGGAGAUCGAGUGCCGGGCGGAGGACUACCCCGACCUUGCCAUCCAACAGGUCGGGCAGGUCGUGCAGUGCGACGUCCACUAUGGACUGGUGUGCAAGAACGAGGACCAGACUGGAAAAUUCAAGAUGUGCCUCAACUACAGGAUACGCGUCCCUCUGCUGCACCCCCAACUACAACUGCAAAUCAUCCUCUCCACCACCACCAGCUCCACGCCGACGACUCACCCAUCCACUGUCACCCUCAGCUCCACCACGGCCACCACCCCCUGUGAACCCGAAGUGUGCACCUGGAGCGAAUGGUUCGACGUCGACUUCCCCUCCGCCGGGCCCAACCAGGAGACUUUGAAACCUACCAGCACAUCCAGGCCGCCGGGAAGCGCAUCUGCCGGCAUCCAAAGGAGAUCGAGUGCCGGGCGGAGGACUACCCCGACCUUGCCAUCCAACAGGUCGGGCAGGUCGUGCAGUGCGACGUCCACUAUGGACUGGUGUGCAAGAACGAGGACCAGACUGGAAAAUUCAAGAUGUGCCUCAACUACAGGAUACGCGUCCUCUGCUGCACCCCCAACUACAACUGCGCCCACCUCCGCAGAAAUCAUCCUCUCCACCACCACCAGCUCCACGCCGACGACUCACCCAUCCACUGCCACCCUCAGCUCCACCACGGCCACCACCCCCUGUGAACCCGAAGUGUGCACCUGGAGCGAAUGGUUCGACGUCGACUUCCCCUCCGCCGGGCCCAACCAGGGAGACUUUGAAACCUACCAGCACAUCCAGGCCGCCGGGAAGCGCAUCUGCCGGCGUCCAAAGGAGAUCGAGUGCCGGGCGGAGGACUACCCCGACCUUGCCAUCCAACAGGUCGGGCAGGUCGUGCAGUGCGACGUCCACUAUGGACUGGUGUGCAAGAACGAGGACCAGACUGGAAAAUUCAAGAUGUGUCUCAACUACAGGAUACGCGUCCUCUGCUGCACCCCUAACUCCAACUGCCCUGGAGAAAGUUUCAAAUUAUCCAACUGUACAGAAGUCAUCUGUAAAGGAGACAAUGAUAUAGACGUAGUACCAACAUAUUGCCCACCUGUCAAGGAAAUUACCUGUGCAAACAAAUAUCCUGCAGUCCUAGUACCCGAUGAAAAUGGCUGCUGUUACCGAUACGAGUGUCAAUGUGUGUGUAGUGGAUGGGGUGAUCCUCAUUACAUCACAUUCGAUGGAAUCUAUUAUACUUUCCUUGAAAACUGCACUUAUGUCCUGGUGAAACAGAUUGUCCCUAAAUACGACAACUUCCGUGUUUACAUUGACAAUUAUUACUGCGAUGCAAAAGAUGGACUCUCCUGCCCUAAAUCCAUUAUUAUCUUCUACAAAUCUGCAGAAGUGGUGUUGACUCGGAAACUCAUGAAUGGUGUGAUGACCAAUGUGAUGUACUUCAACCAGAAGAUCGUCAAACCAGGCUUCGAGAAAGAUGGCAUUUCUUUCUCCACUCUUGGCAUCAAUAUGAUUGUUGAAAUAAAAGAGAUUGGUGCAACUAUCACCUUUAGUGGUCUAAUCUUCUCUGUGAAACUCCCAUAUAGCAAAUUUGGCAACAACACCGAAGGACAGUGUGGAACGUGUACAAAUAACAAAGCAGAUGAAUGCCGCUUACCAAGUGGUAAGAUCAUUUCUUCCUGUCCCCAAAUGGCUCAUCACUGGAUUGUUGACGACAACAAGACGUGUCAUGGAGUACCAGUACCACCAAUUAUAACCACACCUUCACCAAAGCCUCAGUGUGAAACACCUCAUCUCUGCAAGCUUAUCCUGAGCGAGAUUUUUGCAGAAUGUCAUACUGUGAUACCACCAGAACCAUUUUUCAAAGGCUGUGUUUUCGAUGGAUGCCGCAUAGAUGAUGAAUCCAUGCAGUGUUCCAGUCUGGAGAUAUAUGCUACAGAGUGUGCAUCUAGAGGUGUCUGCAUUGACUGGAGAGGAAAGACCAACAAUACAUGCUCAUUCAACUGUCCAGCAAGCUUGGUAUACAAGCCAUGUGGGCCCAUUAAUCCUGAUACCUGCGAUCAAAGCUUGCAGGGAACCAAAUGGAGUACCCAGAUGGGACAUGGCUGUGUAGUCAAUGAAACUUACUAUGCGCCUGGAGCUGUCAUUCCAUCAGGCCCCUGUGAAGAAUGCACCUGCUCUGAAUCCUCUUACUUAAGGCCUCACCGUGCUACCAUCAAGUGUGAGCCUGUUAUCUGUGACACAUACUGCCCACUGGAAGGAGAAUACUGGAACCCACCUGGUGAUAACUGUACAGUUUACACAUGUGAAAAACAUGCUGACCAGUUCAUUCAAGUCAUCAGACAGACAAGCUGCCCCGCCUUUAACCCUGAUGAGUGUGAUCCGAAUGACAUCAAGUUAUCUGACGAUGGUUGCUGUGUAGAGUGCCGAAGAAUACCGAAACGAGGUCAAAUUGGAAUCCAAAUAGGAGGCAAAUUCUCUGGGGGUCUUCUACAAAAACAAAAUGCUUCUCUCUCAGUUUCAGCAAAGUUGAACAUCAUCCCAUCAAUGCUGACAAAUCUAAUAAUAACACCCUCAAAUCCUGCUCACAAUGGCCGUGUAUGCAGCACCUGGGGCAACUUCCACUUCAAGACCUUUGAUGGAGACAUAUUCUCCUUCCCUGGGCUCUGUAAUUAUGUUUUUGCCUCCCAUUGCAACGCUCCCUAUGAGGACUUCAACAUCCAGAUUAGGCGUGAAGUGGUGGCAAAUGCUCCAACAAUCAACCGUAUCACCAUGAAGCUUGAAGGUGUAGUUGCUGAACUAACAAAGGGUGCUAUCACGAUCAACGGCAAUAGAGUUCAACUGCCAUAUAGUCAAUCUGGCAUUACGAUAGAGAAAAGCAGCAUUUACGUGAAAGUUGCCAGCAAAAUUGGUGUUGUGUUAUUAUGGAAUGAAGAUGACAGCAUCCUGCUGGAACUGAAUGAGAAAUAUGCCAAUCAGACUUGUGGACUUUGUGGGGACUUCAAUGGCUUUCCAAUUUACAAUGAAUUCUUUUCAAACAAUAUUAGGAUGUCUGCCUUGCAAUUUGGAAAUAUGCAGAAAAUGGAUGGGCCAACAGAACACUGUGAAGACCCCACCUCUACCCUGCCAUAUAACUGCACUGAAAAUCUUGAUGACAUAUGCCAGAAAACACUGACCAGCUCUGCAUUUGCAGAAUGUAAUGACCUUGUCGAUGUUAGAGAGUACAUUACAGCUUGCCAAGAUGACUUGUGCCGCUCUGAAGAAUCUAAAAACUCCUCAUGUAUCUGCGACACCUUUGCUGAAUACUCCCGGCAGUGUGCUCAUGCUGGUGGGCAUCCCCUGAACUGGAGAACCUCAAACCUGUGCACCAAGAAGUGUCCUUUCAACAUGCAGUACGAGGAGUGCAACUCCCCCUGUGCUGAUACAUGCUCGAAUCCUGAACGAUCUCAGUUUUGUGAAGAACAUUGUAUUGAUGGCUGCUUCUGUCCCCCAGGCAAGUUCUAAAGGACUGUAUUUGAUGACAUCAACAAUUCUGGCUGCAUUCCCCAGCAGCAGUGCUCCUGUAUUUACAAUGGCAACACCUACGCUACAGGAACUUCUUUUUCAGAGCCGUGCCAGACCUGUACCUGCAAUGGAGGCCAGUGGAGCUGCCAAGACAUGUCAUGCCCAGGAACAUGUUCAGUAGAGGGAGGUUCACACAUUUCCACAUACGAUAAGAAACGUUAUGAUCACCAUGGAGACUGCACCUACGUCCUUUCUAAGGACUGUAAAGAUGAAACAUUCACCAUCCUGGUAGACCUACGCAAAUGUGGCCUAACAGACACUGAGACGUGCUUAAAGACAGUGACCCUCAACAUGAAUAACGGACAAACUGUUGUCGAGGUCAGACCUGAUGGUAGUGUGUUUGUGAACUCAAUCUACACCCAGCUGCCCAUGUCAGCAGCUAAUGUCACCAUGUUCAGACCUUCAUCAUUCUUCAUGAUCAUGCAGACAAACUUUGGGGUCCACCUUGAAAUCCAGUUCAUACCCAUGAUGCAAGUGUUUGUGCGACUGGAUCCUAUUUUCAAAGAACAGACUUGUGGUCUCUGUGGAAACUUCAAUAAUAUCCAGACUGAUGACUUCAAGGUCAUAAGUGGAAUAGUUGAAGGAACAGCAUCAGCAUUUGCUAAUACGUGGAAAACUCAGGCUUCAUGCCCUAAUAUCCAGCAGAGUUUUGAGAACCCUUGUGCACUCAGCAUUGAUAAUGAAAAAUAUGCUCAGCAUUGGUGUGGACUGCUGACUGACAGCAAAGGACCUUUUGCUGAUUGCCACUAUGCAGUGAAUCCAGCUGUUUACCACACGAACUGCAUGUUUGACACAUGCAACUGUGAAAACAGUGAGGACUGUCUGUGUGCAGCCUUGUCUUCCUAUGUGAGAGCUUGUGCUGCAAAAGGAAUCCAGCUGCAGGGAUGGAGGACUGAUGUCUGCACAAAAUACACCACCUCAUGUCCCAAAUCCCUAAACUACAGCUAUACCAUCUCUUCCUGUCCACCCACUUGUCGGUCUCUGAGUGAGCCUGAUGUCACAUGCAACAUUAAGUUUGUCCCAGUUGACGGCUGCACCUGCGUAAACGGAACCUACAUGGAUGAGAGUGGCAAAUGUGUGCCUGCUAAUGAAUGCCCCUGCUACUACAGAGGAUCCCCCAUACCAUUUGGAGAAGUUGUCCAUGAAAAUGGGCAAGUAUGCUCUUGUGUCCAGGGAAGACUGAAUUGCAUUGGAGCACCGAAUCCAACUCCAGUCUGCGAAUCUCCCAUGGUCUACUUUGACUGCAGAAACAACACUGCAGGAAAAAGUGGAGCAGAGUGUCAAAAAAGUUGCCAGACUCUGGAUAUGCAGUGUUAUAGCUCACAAUGUACAUCUGGCUGCAUUUGCCCAAAUGGGCUUGUGUUAGAUGGAAAUGGUGGUUGUAUUCCUGAAGAUGAAUGUCCCUGUAUUCACAAUGAAGUCAUGUAUCAGCCUGGGGAAAAGAUCAACUCUGGCUGUAACACCUGUGUAUGCAAGAAUAGGAAGUGGGAAUGUACCAAAAAUCAAUGUCUGGGCACUUGUGCUGUUUAUGGAGAUGGUCAUUAUAACACCUUUGAUGACAAAACAUUCAGCUUCAAUGGAAAUUGUGAAUACACACUAGUCCAGGACCAUUGUGGGAAGAGUGGCCCAGCCAACGGGACUUUCAGGGUUGUCACUGAAAAUAUUCCUUGUGGCAACACUGGGACAACUUGCUCAAAAUCCAUCAAAGUCUUCUUAGAGAGCUAUGAACUGAUACUUGGUGAAGAACAUGUCAGUGUAGUAAAGAGAGGACAAAAUGAUGAGGUGCCCUACACAAUCCGCUAUAUGGGUAUGUACCUGGUAAUUGAGACCACGAGCGGACUGAUCCUCAUGUGGGACAAGAAAACCAGCAUCUUCAUCAAGCUCAGCCCUGAUUUUAAGGGCCAGAUCUGUGGCCUCUGUGGAAAUUAUGAUGGCAACAACAUCAAUGACUUUACUACAAGGAGUCAAUCUGUAGUAGAGAAUGUCCUAGAGUUUGGAAACAGCUGGAAAGUAUCCUCUACAUGUCCUGAUGCUAACAGCAUCAAGGACCCAUGUUCUACCAACCCUUAUCGAAAGUCCUGGUCAGAGAAGCAGUGUAGCAUCAUCAACAGCAACGUCUUUGCUGCCUGUCACUCUCAGGUUGAACCAGCAAAAUAUUACCAAGCAUGUGUGACAGAUGCUUGUGCCUGCGACACUGGAGGAGACUGUGAUUGCUUCUGCACAGCAGUAGCUGCCUAUGCCCAAGCGUGCAGUGAAGUUGGUGUAUGCAUAGCCUGGAGAAGCCCAUCAAUUUGCCCACUGUUUUGUGAUUACUACAAUCAACAAGGAGAAUGUGAAUGGCACUAUAAGCCUUGUGGAGCCUCCUGUAUGAAGACCUGCAGGAACCCAAGUGGAAAAUGCCUCAAUGACCUGCCAGGUUUAGAAGGCUGCUAUCCUAACUGCCCACCAGACAAGCCAUAUUUCCAUGAGGAUCAGAUGCAGUGUGUUAGUCUCUGUGACUGUUAUGAUGAUGAAGAUGGAAAGAUAUAUAAACGAGAUGAAUGUAAUAUAUGUGAGUGCACAUCAGAAGGUUUACAGUGCAAGUUCGAUGAUAAAGCCUGCCACUGCAUUUAUGAAGGAAAUAGCUAUAAAUACGGUGAACUCAUCUAUAACACCACAGAUGGAACUGGAUGGUGUUUCAGUGCAACAUGCGAUGUCAACGGAACAAUAAGCAGAAACAUCUUUAAAUGCGGCAUUUUUACAACCACCCCGUUUACAUUUUCUACAAGUCAGCCCACAACUACUACUUCAGGUAUGCAUGAAUAA